AUGACCGAAGGCCUUCAGGUCACGGUUCCUGAAAGGAAGAAGGUGGCCAUGCUCUUCCAGCCGACUGUGCUUCGUUGCCACUUCUCCACAUCCUCCCGGCAGCCUGCAGUUGUGCAGUGGAAGUUCAAGUCUUACUGCCAAGAUCGCAUGGGAGAGUCCUUGGGCAUGUCCUCUCCCCGGUCCCAGCCUCUCAGCAAGAGAAACCUGGAAUGGGACCCCUACUUGGAUUGUCUAGACAGCAGGAGGACUGUUCGAGUGGUGGCUUCGAAACAGGGCUCUGCCGUCACCCUGGGAGAUUUCUACCGGGGCCGAGAGAUCACAAUUGUUCAUGAUGCAGAUCUUCAAAUUGGAAAACUCCUGUGGGGAGACAGUGGGCUCUAUUACUGUAUCAUCACCACCCCGGAUGAUCUGGAGGGCAAGAACGAGGACUCGGUGGAGCUGCUGGUGUUGGGCAGGACAGGGCUGCUUGCUGAUCUCUUGCCCAGUUUUGCUGUGGAGAUUAUGCCAGAGUGGGUGUUUGUUGGUCUGGUGAUCCUGGGAGUCUUCCUCUUCUUCGUCCUGGUGGGGAUCUGCUGGUGCCAGUGCUGCCCUCACAGCUGCUGCUGCUACAUCCGCUGCCCGUGUUGUCCGGAGUCUUGCUGCUGCCCUCAGGCCUUGUAUGAAGCAGGGAAAGCAGCCAAGGCCGGGUACCCUCCCUCUGUCUCCGGUGUCCCUGGCCCUUACUCCAUUCCCUCUCUCCCUUUGGGAGGAGGCCCCUCAUCUGGCAUGCUGAUGGACAAGCCGCAUCCACCUCCUCUGGCACCAAGUGACUCCACUGGAGGAAGCCACAGUGUUCGCAAAGGCUACCGGAUCCAAGCCGACAAAGAGAGAGAUUCCAUGAAGGUUCUGUACUAUGUGGAGAAGGAGCUAGCUCAGUUUGAUCCAGCCAGAAGGAUGAGAGGCAGAUAUAACAACACCAUCUCGGAACUCAGCUCCCUGCAUGAGGAUGACAGCAAUUUCCGCCAGUCUUACCAUCAGAUGCGAAGCAAGCAGCUCCCUGUUCCUGGAGACCUGGAGAGCAACGCCAACUACUGGUCAGGUGUCAUGGGAGGCAGCAGUGGAGCAAGCCGGGGACCCUCGGCCAUCGAGUACAACAAGGAGGAUCGGGAGAGCUUCAGGCACAGCCAGCAGCGCUCCAAAUCCGAGAUGUUGUCCCGGAAGAACUUCGCCACUGGGGUGCCAGCCGUGUCCAUGGACGAGCUGGCGGCCUUCGCUGACUCCUACGGCCAGCGGCCCCGCAGGCCGGACGGCAACAGCCACGAGGCCCGCGGCGGCGGCGGCGGGAGCCGCUUCGACCGCGCCGAGGCCCGGGCCCUCGGGGGCUUCUACCAGGACGGCUCCCUGGAGGCGGCGGCCGGGCCGCCGGGCGACGAGGACGACGACGACGCGCCCGACGACGCGCUGCCGCCCUACAGCGAGCUCGAGCUGAGCCGGGGCCCGUCCUACCGCAGCCGCGACCUGCCCUUCCCCAGCCACUCGGAGAAGAGGAGGAAAAAGGAGCCCGCCAAGAAAACUAAUGACUUUCCAACCAGGAUGUCCCUUGUGGUCUGAUGUUUGUUUGCAAGACAUCUCUGGGGAUGACUAGAAACCAGAAGGAGACUACAAGGACACGCCACAAAUCCAAGAGCCAGCGGGCCCAGCACCGACUCUGGCCACCACCGGAAGAUUUGCUGAUCAUCUGCUUCGGCAAGGGAUGGGAGGCAGCCUUGAAGGAGGGCUGAUUCUAAAUCUCAGUGUCCAUCAAACUCGCUUGGGAAACUUACCGAGAAAAACCGCCAAGUGAGAAUGUUCCCACAGACAGUUUCUCACCCACAGGGUGUCUCCUGCCCAAUCUCUGUCCUUAGCCGAACCAGAACUCCUUUUUCUACUCCAAAGCCGAGCUAAAUCUGGAUUGCUAAUCUGCACCGGUUUCCCUACACGACGCUUUACCACACCUCCUGUGCUGUGCUUCGAGCAGAAGAACCUGUGACUACCUUGACAAGACGACCUUCGGCUGAUAACGGAAGAGAGCCUUGAGGCCAAAUAGACCUUUUAUCCCCCUCACUUCCCCAGUCAAUGGCUGUCGUUACACUAAAAUCAGAAGGCUUUUGUUGAGCUCAGUGACAGUGACCUGCAGGACAGUCACAGAAAUAACGUUGCCUCUGCUGUUCUCUGAGUGACAAUUCUUGGGUGGCUGUGACAAAACAAAAGAGAGUCAGCCUUUUUGAAAAGCCAUCAGAGCGGUGUUUACCUUUCCAUUCUGACACCCUAAGCUGCUUUUCCUACUUUUGUUGUACAUGUCAACGUCUGAGUGGUGGCCAUUAAGGGCUCUCCUCCUAGUCCCCUCUCCUGGACUUGCCACGGUUGGUGCCACCCUCCCGCCACCCUCUGAUUGGGAUGUCAUCCGGUGCCUUUUGACCAAUUCUUGAAGUAUACACAUGAAAGAGAAGAGGGAGAAGGGAAGGAAAGAGAAGAAAGCAGUCUCACAGAAUAGAGAAGAAUGAGAAAGCAUUCAAGAGAAAACUAGCGUAUGGUCUCAUGAUAUUUGACCGUGAGCCCUUUCUCCCACAAAUCCUACUCAGUCUUCUCUGGUCUGUGCUCUGCUGCUGUGCUUCUGCACAUCCACACCUGCCACUCCAGGCCACCAAGAUGUGGUGCUUCCAUCUCUUGGCUUGACCAGGUUUCCGCAUGAGAUGCUUUUGGGACAUGAGAGACACUGCUUUCUCAGGAAGGAGCAUUCUCCACCCCUACCCUUGCCUACAUCCUAGAUUUUGCCUACAUCCCAAAGCUAGACCUCUCUGGGCUUUGUCAUCUGUAUGGAUUAUGAAAACAGCCACAAACUCUGAAAGAACUUCUCAGGAGGUGGAGUCUGGCUGACUGGGGUUGGCCGUGGGACUUGAUUUGGUCAAAGGAACAACAAACAUGACGUAAGCAGAGACUUGAAUGGGCCUGGCCUCUCGCUGUUCUCAGGAGCAUUGCCACCAGCACCGAGUGAACAAGGCUGGCCUAUUCUGCUGCCUAUGAGAAAGAAAAUGCUCGUCACCCUUUCCACCAAACUCGUAACCCAUCACAGGACCCCCAGGGGUGCAGGAAGUUCCACAUUGCGCUGCUCACUGCAGGGUUACAGGUUCAACCCCACCAGCCACUCUAUAGGAGAGAGAGAUGAGGCUUUUUGUUCCCAUAAAGAUUUACA